CCGCUCCUGCCGCGCUCAUGCGCUUACCGGAAAAGGAGUUGUUGCUGUCACCGGGCUUGCUGAUGAAAUCUCCCACCGGAGCCACAACGGGGCGACGCGGCGGCUGAACGUCCAGUGUUAACGGUACUGUGCAGUAUUACCGGUGGGAGGAUAAAACAUCCAUCAGAGCGGGUUAGCACCGAGUUUUUGGGUUAAUCGUCACGGGGGUAACUGUCUGUUAGCUGGCUGUGCUAAGCUAACAUGCUAGUUAGGCCUCUCGCCGCGUCACGGACAGAAAACCCGGACAGGAUGGCUCUUCUCUCCUCGUCGUUCCGAUAUCAUCUGUCCUCGUUUCAUGGCUCCAGAAUGUUUUGUUCGGUUCUGUUCUCUAGCUCCGGUACCACCCGGAAGAAGUCAAAUCACCACUCUCAACGAAAAGUUCCCGGCUCCGGUUUUGUGGACGGUGUUUCUUGGCUCCCGUGCGCCGUUCGUCAGUGAGGUUUGACAGCUGUCAGACUAGCCGCCACCUCCGUGGCUGUUCCUGGGAAUAUUCUACAAUCUGCUUUAUGUUUGAUAAAAUGUUCAGGAGUAGAAACAAUGAGGGACGUUUCUCUGACGGGCAGAGCCCAUCCUCUUCAGACCGGCCCGCGGUGACCUCGGCCGGCCUGGGCAGCCAGGAAAGCUCGUGGAUCGGCCUACUGUCCAGGCCCGCGCUGUCGCUGCUGCGGAGGCUGCGGCUGUGGAGCGCGGCUCCGGCGGAGCUCAGCAGCGGCUUCACCGGUGACGAAAACGAGUUUUUAAGAGAAUUAAACGCAUUUAUACCGCUUACACUCCCCGGUCCUGCUCACCUGACCUACCAGCGGUGUCAGCACCACGGAACCACUGGCCUUCUGGAACCGGGCGCCGGCGACUCUGUGCCCUGGCUGACCGCUGUGUCUCUCGGGGACGAUGGGACUCGGAGCCCCGGAGACACGGAGCUCAGACAGCAGACACAGGCCGGAUAUUUGUCUUCUGUCAGGACGGUGGUGAACCAGGUUCUGUUGAACCCCCAGGAGCUGCAGCCCGCGGGAGGGUGGGCGUCGGUGAGCCCCCCGGUGAGGAGAGGCUCUGCAGGUAAAGGUGGGCCAUGGUGGGGCAGCCUUCUGUGGGAGGAGGAGAGCUCACUGUGGGGGCUGCAGUCAGAGCUGUCCCAGCCUGAGUGGGGGACAGACACAGACCGGCUUUGUCCUCAAGCUGCAGCCGGGACAAAGGCCCCCACAGCUGAAACAAGUCCUGUGUUGGAGUGGAUGCUGGGAGAAAACACUGGACCCCCCAACAACAAGAGCCUUCACACAGUCCAGAACAUGGGGGGGUGCACAGUGGAUCGACAGGACCUGGGGUACUCUAGUCUGGAGGAAGAGAUGUCCCAGAGGGGCCUUCUGUCCCAGGUGAGGGUCCCCUGUGAGGAGCAGAGUCAGCAAGACCCCCACACACCUGAGAUGGAGGAUGGACAAACAGGCCCAGAGGAGGAUCAGUGUGGGGGGGCCACAGUCCUCCCUCCCCUCCAGUGUCAGAACAAGACCAUCGCUUUCAUCAUGGGGUGUCCCUGCAGUGAUGACAGCCAAUCAGAGUCCACCGAUGAUGAUGAUGAUGAUGGAUUCAACAGUGAGGGCUCCUCUGAAGACGAGGAUGAUGAAGAUGAGGAGGACUCAGACUCUGACAGUGAAUCGGACUCUGAGUCGGAGCGGCUCUGGACCUCUCUGUGCCAAACUGUGGAUCCAUACAACCCCCAGAACUUCACAGCCCGCCUACAGACCAGCAGAACCUCACCUCAGACCACCCCCACCCCUUCUCCUCAGCCCUCUCCCUCCCCUCCCUCUGUACAGGACGUGUGGGACGACUCAACAUCAGCCAGCGAGGUGGACGAAGCGGAAAGUCUCCGUCUCUUGAGCUCCUUCAGCUGCUCCUCCGACCCCUACAGCCCCUUGAACUUCCAGGGCCCGCUCAGGACUCAUGGGCCCCCAAGGCCCCUUGCCAAAACCAAGGUCGUAAGCAACACAGCCCCCCAGGCUUCAGUCUACAACCUAACAUCUGCACCUGAGUACAAGAAGGACGAGGCAGCAGACGACAGGCUGGACAGUGGCUUCUCUGAGGCCCCGCCCCCUUCCUCCUGCUCCGCCUCCACAGCCCAGAGCUGCAGGAAGUUCAAGAAGGUCCGGUUCUGUGACGAUGUGGACGAGUUCUUCGCCAGCUGUGGGGAGGAGGAGGAGGAGGAGGAGGACCGGCGGGGCCCAUGGGAGGAACUGGCUCGGGACCGCUGCCGGUUCUUGCGGCGCUGUGAGGAGGUGGAGCAGAGCAUCGGGUACUGCCUGCAGCCGCAGCACCGACGCUUGAUCCUUCAGAAGCUCGGCGUCCCCGACACCUGAGGACAUCUCUUACAGGUGGACAGACUGAGAAGACGGUCUGGACUGUGCUUCAGACCCUGUAACUGAGGUUCUUGUUGAAUCUCCCACUGUUUGUCCAACACAGGAACCAUAAGGUCCUGAUGGUUCUGAUCCAUAAGUCAGUCUGUUUGUCCAACUAGCUGUUGUCCACGUCUUGUCCAACAUCAGGGGACGUCUCAUGUCCUCAAAAGAUUUAUUUUAAAUAUUUAAAGACCUGCUUCAAAGGGAUAAAAACUGUGACUGUCUUACUGGUUCUACAGAACUCCCUGGUUCUGUCAGGAAACCAGUGAGCAGGUGUGUUAACAAGCUCGUUAGGAGUGGGCGGAGUCAAUGUUUCUGUUCCAUUAAAGCCAAAGAUGACAGGAGUUCUGUUAAUGAAGGAAAGAAUCCUGAGGUUCAGAAAAUCAGGAUUCAGCUGCUGAUCCGGAUCACUGUGGUUCUGUUGAUCCUCUGUGGUUCUGAACGGAGGGAGGGGCCGGGGCCAGAAGAGCUGUGAGUAAGAUGCGUUCAGGUGUUCAACACCACAGCUAUUCAUUCAGUGUUUGACUCCGACCCGUAGAAUGUUGUUGAACUUUAUAAACUGUGGAUCAGAAGUGUGAGACCCGGUGAUCCCGGGUGUUCUGAUCCGUACCUGCAGUGAUUACUGACGCCGGAUUGGCUGAUUGAAGACAAACUCUCAGGCUCUGGUUUCUAAAAGAAUCUUUAGUAAAACCUGAGAGGACAUGGAGGCCACCUGGACAGGUGGGGGUCACCUGCUGAGGUCACGUGACCUCACGGUCCGUCCCCUCAUAAGGAACAGUGUUUCAGGACUGAGAAUAAACGUCAGAGUGAACCGUCUCAGUUUUAACAGGAUCUUUGGUGAUAUUUUAAAUGAAAGUUUUUAUUUUUCUAACUGAGUGUUUGAUUGGUGUUCACCUGUUCUUCACCUGCUCACAGACUGAUGAUGAAAUAAACCUGGAUCUGAUCA